UUCAGAUUCACGAAAAUCAAAUUCGAGCACAAUCUUCCAAAAUGGUUCAGGCGGAAUCAUCCAAUGCAGCUGUGAAACAUGCCCUGCGCGCAAAUGCGGCUGGCGCGCCCCCAGACUAUGAGCUACCCUGGGUCGAAAAGUACAGACCUGUAUUCCUCGAUGACGUUGUCGGAAAUACGGAGACGAUAGAGAGGCUAAAAAUAAUUGCCCGCGAUGGAAAUAUGCCUCACGUUAUCAUUUCCGGCAUGCCGGGAAUCGGAAAGACGACAUCCAUCUUAUGUUUAGCAAGGCAGAUGCUGGGAGAUGUGUACAAAGAGGCUGUGUUAGAGCUGAAUGCUAGUGACGAAAGAGGCAUUGACGUGGUGAGAAAUCGGAUAAAAGGGUUUGCACAGAAGAAGGUCACAUUACCACCAGGAAAGCAUAAGCUUGUUAUCCUUGACGAGGCCGAUAGUAUGACCUCUGGUGCCCAACAAGCCCUCCGUCGCACAAUGGAAAUAUACUCUGCUACUACUCGAUUUGCCUUUGCAUGCAACCAGUCUAACAAGAUUAUUGAGCCACUACAGUCGCGUUGUGCAAUUUUACGCUAUUCUCGUUUAACGGAUGCCCAGGUCGUCAAGAGAUUAAUGCAAAUAUGCGAAGCGGAGGAUGUGAAGUAUUCCGAUGAUGGGAUUGCGGCGCUGGUAUUCAGCGCGGAGGGCGACAUGCGUCAAGCAAUCAACAAUCUCCAGAGCACCUGGGCCGGUUUUGGUUUUGUGAGCGGCGAUAAUGUCUUCCGUGUGGUCGAUAGUCCUCAUCCAGUUAAGGUCCAAGCAAUGAUCAAAGCGUGCUAUGAGGGUAAGGUCGAUUCCGCGUUGGAUACAUUGACAGAAUUAUGGGAUCUGGGAUACUCCUCGCAUGAUAUUAUUUCAACGAUGUUCCGAGUCACCAAAACGAUUCCUUCUUUGCCAGAACAUUCAAAACUCGAGUUCAUCAAAGAGAUCGGGUUUACGCAUAUGCGCAUUCUCGAAGGACUACAGACUUUCGUACAGCUGAGCGGCUGCGUAGCAAAAUUGUGCAAAAUCAACAUGAAACCGGAGCUUUUUAAACCACCAAGGCCUUAAAUCCAGAACGGGAUCCCUGAGAAGAAAUUCAAUAUAACAUUGCAGUGGACGAGUCGCGCGAACAACGGCAAGCAAUGGCGUUGGGGGUGAUUAUACAGGCGUUUAUGGCAAGGUAAACUGGCUUCUCCUGAUUUUGUCCCUCCUUUUGAAAGGAGCGUGGCCAUCGCUACCUAUGGUUUGUGAAAUUCUCGAAUUACUAUUUUCAGUCUGGGCCGUGAUGGGACCCGGACCACAGCAUAUACAUAUCAUCGAGUUUCAAACUAUCCCCGAAGCAGCGUACAUUCACUCAGUAUCAACCCUGAUCAAAACUGUACUCGAGACUACGGAUUAUGUCUACAUGCA